GGAUAAACCUUGUUGGAUAAACCGGUGUGGUGCUGUUCUCCCUUGAGAAAAUUUCUUUUCAAGAUAUUAUCUUCAGUCACAUCGUUUCACACAUAAGGCUGGACGUCUACACACAACCGAGAUGGAGACUGCUGUGCUGAAUAUUUACAGCGUUUUUGAAAAUCUGCGGGCGCAGGUUGAUGUCCUCAGUGAGAGCAUUGAGCCCCAGUUCAUUCAGAUGGCCCUGAACUUUGAGGACUCUCGUCGCAGAUGGCUGCGACUCGAGCAGGAGCUGAACGCAUGUAAGGAGUUUCUCACCAAGGCUGAGACUGAAAGAGGGGCACUGGAAGUCAAGCUCAAACAUGCCCGCAACCAAGUGGACGUAGAGAUCCGUCGGAGACAGAAAGCUGAGGCUGAUUGUGCGAAACUGGAUCGUCAGAUCCAGCUAAUCCGGGAGCUGCUGGUGUCAGAAGGUUCAGGUAACAGCAUCAAAUUAAAUGAGGAGCAACGUUCGGCCCUGGCCUUUCUGAAUGCCCGUUCCCAGAAUCACUCAAACCUCAACACUAGCCGACGACUGACCACCAUUGAUGAAUCGGCCUCCAUCCUGUCAGACAUCAGUUACGAUAAAACUGAUGAUUCCUUGGACUGGGACUCUUCUGCAAUCAGGACCGUUCGUCUUAAGAAACGACAAAAGAGACGCUCCUCCCGAAACCACACAGAAGGUCCCCCGGCUGCUGCCAAGAGAUCCCGUUCCACCGGCCGCACUUCUGAGAAAGGUAAUGAAUCUCUGGUGGCAAAGACCACAGUGACGGUGCCCACAAAUGGAGGACCCAUUGAGGCUGUUACCACAGUGGAAGCUGUUCCCUACUGGACCAGGAGCAGGCGAAAGACCGCUGGUCAGGAGUGGGACACUGCUGACACUGAUUCUGUUCAAUCUAUGGAUGUGUUCAAGCAGCCCAGUCAGCCCGAUGGAGGUUACAAGGCAGAGCCCAGCACUCCCCAGGGCAACGGAGGCUUCCGUCUGCAUGAGUUUGUCUCCAAAACGGUGAUCAAGCCAGAGUCUUGUGUGCCAUGUGGUAAAAGGAUCAAGUUUGGGAAGAUUUCUCUGAAGUGCAGGGACUGCCGUGUGGUGGCCCACCCUGAGUGCCGUGAACGCUGCCCUCUGCCUUGUAUUCCAAGUAUGGCUGGAACUCCAGUCAAAAUCGGAGAGGGCACCCUGGCAAAUUACGUGUCCAGCACCUCUCCCAUGAUCCCUUCACUGGUGGUGCACUGUGUUAAUGAGAUUGAGCAGAGAGGCCUACAUGAGACUGGUCUAUAUCGAGUGUCUGGUUCUGAUCGAGUUGUAAAGGAACUGAAAGAGAAGUUCCUGCGUGGAAAGGCCAUUCCUCUGCUUAGCAAGGUGGAAGACAUACAUGCCAUCACUGGUCUCCUCAAGGACUUCUUGAGGAACCUCAAAGAGCCCCUUCUAACCUUCCGUCUCAACCAUGCCUUCAUGGAUGCUGCAGAGCUGGCUGAUGAUGACAACAGCAUUGCAUUGAUGUAUCAGAAUAUCAGUGAUCUGCCGCAGCCCAACAGAGACACUUUGGCCUUCCUCAUCAUCCACUUGCAGAGAGUGGCCCAGAGCACAGACACAAAGAUGGACAUCUUCAAUCUGGCUCGAGUGUUUGGACCCACAAUAGUGGGGCAUGCUGUGCCAGACCCAGAUCCAAUGACCAUUCUGCAGGACACAAAACGCCAGCCAAAAGUGGUUGAGCGUCUACUGGGUCUGCCAGUGGAGUACUGGAGCCAGUUCAUGAUCAGUGACAACGACCAGGCUCACAAUGAUCACAUGAUUAUUGAAAACACCAAUGUCCAUGCCACUCCUGAUCAAAAAACGACUAUGUUUGGGCCCCUCACGACCCCAGACCAGCAGAUGAGCAAGACUCCGUCAUCCAGCUCUCUCUCCCAACGCAUGAAAAACGCAACACUCAAUGCAAUCACUCCAAAGUUUGCUAGCAGGAGCAGAGCUGCAGUUGGUGUCCCUCGCCAGGGGAGCUUCUUUGCUUCGCCUCUUCUGAAGUAGCCCUGAAGCGGUUUACCUUCUCAUGGCUUACGAGUUUUUCUCUUUAUUGGGAAACAGCUGCAAUAUAUAACAUUAUCCUACUUGCAUAUUUUGAAUUUGAUUUGUCCACCAAUAAUGGCUUCCAACCAUUUUAACGCUCCUUUUUAUCUGUUCAGUAUUUUCUAGUAACAUUUUGUAUUUUAGUCACUUUUUAAAUGUUUUAAUGUACUGUUAACAAACUCAACCAAAGGGAUAGACUGAUACAAGCUCUUCCAUCAGUCCAUGAAUCCUCAUAAAAAUAACAACAGGAACCAUGUCAGUUUGGGAGUUCUUUAUCAAGAAACCCAAACCUGACAGAACAAAAAGAUGAUUAUACUAUGUAAAAUAUUUGUAUGUAGUGUAAUCUGCAACUGUAAUCUUGUGCUUUACAUGAACCCACAAGCCAAAUCUCAACAUCUUCGAGGGUUCAAGGCCAUAGUGUCCCUUCAGAUUUAGCUAUUUUAGAACUCUGUAUUUAAACUCAUUUCAUGUUUGAUGUAAUAUGGAUUUAGGUGUUAGAAUGUGGAAACUGAACACUUAAUUUGUGUUUUAUGUACGCUUGUGCUUUGAGCCCUCUGAGAUUUGAGAGAGUAGUGAUUCAGGACCGUAUGAAGAAAUUUAGGGUUUAUUACUAUGCAAAUUGUGUACAAAAACACUAUUGGUUGUUGUGAUAGGGCUUUUUAUUUUUACUUUAUUUUGUCUUGAGAUUUCAUGUCUUUCAGCUUCAUGAUUAUGUUUUUGAUCGUAAAAUGUCCAUAUUUUCGUAGAUUUGGCUUUUAUUACAUUAAUUUGUCACUAUGCUGUUUUGAGCUCCAUUUUAUUGUAUUCAAAACUACCAUAUUUAAAGUAUGUAUGGUGUUCUCUGUGAAAUGUCAUAACGGACUUCAUAUACUUUGUCCAAUUUGUAAAAUGUAUACUGACUGGAAGAUUUUCAUUGUAUUAAGUCAUUUCCUUUCAAUGGAACAACUCCAGAAUGGAACGGUGGAAACUGACCAGUAGUUGUAUGCAGCACAGACCUGUCAAGUCUUUUUAUUGUUUAAAAAGGGCAACCUUUAACCAAGUGGAACAUUGAUUGGGGUUGAUUUAUCAAUUCCAUUAGCGAUUCCAAUAAAUUCAUCUUGAGUGGUGUGGUACUUUCGUAAGGCUUGUGCUGUUUGUAAAAUACAAUAAUUUUUUGCAAGUGA